AGAACUUAACAUGACUCUGGGCGUCCUCAGUUGUAUGGGGAAGAGAAGUAUUGUAGCUGCCAAUGUACAAAUGGGGAAACAGAUGUAACUAUUUUGCUAAAAGUCCCGCUUUAAAGCAGUAUCUGAGUUGCAAACAGGACCUGGGUGACCAGGCUGGAUGAGAAUGUAUUCUAGUAACUUCUGUUUUUCAGGGAGACUGUGUUGUACCAAGCUGUAAGAUGUUGUCAUCUAAAUCUAUCCUAUAUUCACAUACUGACACUGUAAUAUAGUUCUGAGUAUCUUCUAAUAAUUAAAGAGACGUCCCGUUAGUUUCCCUUGGAGGUAGGGAAAAAAAUUAAUCCCCAACAGGAGAAAACAUGCCGGCAGAUUUCAUGGUGUUACUCUUUGAAAUGUGGCUGUGUACCAUGUGGAUGGGUCUCCUGUCUGUAUCCCAGAGGUUCCAUGUAUUCUUAAAUUGCUAGUUUUAAAGAAGGAUAAGUUUGUUUAUGUAGAUGUUGAUGUGGUAAUUUCUUACUGCAUUCUGUAAUUCAGGCUGAAUGGCUACACUAAAGAAUUUGGCCUUUUUUUUCCCCCUCCCAGCCGCAAAGUUGUAAUCCCUUUGCCAUAAUUCCAGCCAGCAUUACAUGUAUAUUAAACCCCAAAUCCCGUACCAAAAUACAGCUCAGUGUUGUCUGAAAAGUUGUGGAGGUUUAUUUCAGCUGGAAGAGAAAAGGUUUAUUUGCAAUAGUCGUUACUAAAAGUUAGUCUUUUUAAAUGCAGUAAAACAGGGAUAUCAAUUUACGCCUCAUACCUGCUCCUGGAGUCAUUUUGUAGUUGAUAGGAGCAGCACUAUUAAGUUUAGAAUCCACAGUGCUAGUCAAAAUGUCCUGUGUUCGCAGCUCCUGGAGCAAAACUACUGUACCUUGAGUGGGAACUGUUAGAGAAUUUGUUAGUGUGCAAGGGCUCAGAGGCGUCAGCGCUAGGUAAAUCUGAAAUAGUGUCUUGGUGAGCCACUUUGCUUUCCUCGAGUCAGUGAAUUGGUGUUUAGACAUUCUCCAAUCUAUGUCUAAUUAUUAACAGAAACCCCAGAUUUUGACUGGGGAGGUUACGGUAGGGCUGGCGGAGUGGUGUUACCUGGCUCGGGGCAGUGGCCGUGCAAAGGGUUUGUAAGGGAAAGCCUCCUCUUUCUAAGAAUUAGUCUGAAUAUUGAAGUUACAUAUAUAUAUAUAUUUUUUUUUAAUUUUGCCACCUGUUUCACUAUUUAUUUUUGUAGAUGAUUGUUGAGACUAGCUGUUCGUGAGCACCCAGGUUAAUUUGGCGAUUCCCCACUGGCCGCUUUGGCCUGGUCACAGACGGAUGGGGCUGGGGAAGCUUUGUGUGUCUGUGUUGGGAGCGGAGGAGGUCUCGUUAGCGCUCAGCGCGCCGGGGCAGGCACGGCCGUGUACACACAGCACAUAUAAACAAUCACACGAUAUAUAUCUCUCUACUGUUUGUUUAACUCCGGCGAGGGUCGGCCCGCACCGGAAGGCCUACUCCUGCCGGGCCGCUCUGCCCCGCGCCUCGUCUGCUCCGGGGGAGCGGCGCGGGGCCGCGCAGGCGCACUCGGCCCGAGGGGAGCGGCCGCGCCCGGGGCCUCCUCGCCCCGCUCAGGGCCGGCGGGGCCGCGGUGUGGAUGCUGCGGGGCUCCGGGGGGCGCCUUACCCCGCCGCGGGGCUCCGGGGGAGCCCUGCCUCGUCCCGGGCCUGUCAGCCGGGCCGGCGGCGGUGGGCUCAGCCCUGCUGCGGUGACCGGGCCCGGCCGGCGGAGCUGGGCUGGUCCUGCAGAAAGCGCCUGUGGAGGCUUCGCUUAGAAACGGGCCCGGGGCGGCGCGGGCUGGGUGUCACCGGCGCUGGUGGCGCUUUGUCACCCGGCGUUGCCACUAUGCCACCCCUCCCUCAGGAGGGGCUGCCCUCAGCAUACACAGGGCCGCUUGGCGUCCUGAGAACUUGGCAAAACCAGGGGGUAAUGAGCGUGGCUAAUGGACGGCAUCAGAGCACAUGUUGCUGUUUUCCUCCUCGUGUUACAAAGAACAGGAGUCCGAUGAAAUUUAAAGACAGAAAAAUUCAAGUAUACCGACUCAGAAGAGCACAGUACAGUCACAAUAAACUUUGUGCUGAACAGGCGGAGGCGUCCACAUCUGCAGCAGUUUUGCACGGGUCGAGAGGAAGGCGGCUGCAGGGCUGCAGGUGUGACCUGUUCACGGUGGUUCCAAGUACGAGAACGCCUUCCCCGUCAGGUUUGUUGUGCUAAUUGUUCAUAAGAAGCAUCAAACUCUGCGCUGCUGGUGCUCCUUUCUUCAGAUCUGGGGUCCCUGAAAAGGUCUCAUCCAAACACAGUCCCAAGCCAAAACUACGAAACUGGGAUCUUCACAAAUGUGAUUAGCUUCACUAGUGUGAGCAGUCCCCUUGGGAUUCUUCACCAUUGUACAGACAAAUGUGUGUAAUUGCAGAAUCAAGGCCUUAGGCUGUGAGAAGUGAAGAAAUCACAGCUUGAGGUGGUAUAUCUGUAGCUUCUUUGUGGGAGGUUUUGUAUUAAUAGUCAAUUAAUUCAAUGUGUCAAACAAAUAAAGCUUUAAAUAUUUAGAGAUUAGGAGGUGCUUAAUAAAAAAUUUACAGGGAAAAAGGAAGAUUCCCUGAUCACUACAGUGGCAUGCAGUUAUUCAAAAUAAAGUAGGUAGGAUAACAUAGACAGAUCAUUAAAUACUUUGUGUUUACCAUGUCAAGACUCUGUGAGAACAGCCAUUGAUGUAUACCAAAUACAGAGGAGAGGAAGAGCCUUAUCAUCUGGCCAGACUUCCCUACCUAGUGUUUUUAUUCGAGCAUUUUACUGUUUAUGGAAGCUGUCCCAGGCACAGACUAUGCCUUAUUUUUUGGAAGGGGAAAGAUGUCAUCAGCCGACAAUCUGCUGUAAUGUGGGAGUUGGCAAGGUGGCGUCCUCCACCUCUCCUUUUGAUGGGGCUCCUCAGUGCAGGAAAGAAUGAGAAUCUGGUUGGACUGCAGGUGGGAAACAAGUGACCAGAGACCCCUGACAUUUGUGAGCAGCCCCAGCCCCAGUGCUCUGUUUGAUUUGUUAAGUCCCUGGAUAAAACAAUUAUCUGGCCUUCUCUCCCUGAUUUCAUUAAUCUUUCUAAUGGAAGAGCUUCAACAGAGUGUCCCCCCUGUAGCAUUGGAGUAUUCUGGAGAGGAAGAGCUGUGGGUUCAAAAUUUGGGGUGCCUGACAUCUUUAGAAGGUGUAAACUCAGCUGUUGCACUAGUCACUGUUAUAAACCCUUGCUUGGAUCCAGCCCUUGGGCCAUACGAACACCGCGUAGGCAGUGGCAAGUUAGGAGGCAUUCUUUUUAUUUCAUAAAAGCUUUUGGGAUAAAACCAGUCGAAAACUAGGAGAUCAAAGAAGAACCGUGUGUUAUUGUACACGUGUGGACAGUUUUGUUGAACAUGAGUCUCCACAGUUAAUCUCCAGAAAACUCUUCAUAUUGAAAUAUGGUCUGAGAGGCAAAGGAAAAAAGAGCUACAUAUAAACAAAAAUAAAAGUAUGUAAGAAUAAAAGGUGAGAACCCAUUAAAAACCCUGUGCUGCUCUGCUUUUGCUGUGCACUCCAAGUUGUCGUUUUGGAAAAGGAUGUGCCUUGGAUUAUGUGUGUGUGUGUGCAUAGGAGAGGAGAGGGCUUUUUGAGUUGAUUAUUAUAGAAGCUGUAAGUAAUUAGGUAGUAGUAUUGAAAAUAAACAGGGUUUAGGGUUUGGGUUGUUUUUUUUUGCUUGGCGUUGUUACUGCACCGUGAGUUUGUCUCAUCCUGCAGCUCCCAUCAGCAGAGAACGAAAAAUAGGCAGAACUUUUUAGACUCUUUGAUAAUGACUGUAAUUAGCAUCACAAGCUAUGGAAAUUGCAGUAUUCCCUAAAGGUUUCUUGUCAUUCUCCCAUGUUUCUGCGCUUGAAAACAAAGAUUUUUAAGACAAGGUAUCUUCUGUAUUUGGUACUGUCCCACUCAUGGUGAUGUUCCAGCCCCCAUGGCUGCGGGAAUCCGUUCUUAAUGCUUGUGUCAGAGUCGUAUUUCUGAGCUGGUCUGUGUGAAAGCUGUUUCCUGCCAGAAAGUAAACACGCUACUUUUAAACAGUGUAUGUUGUUCAGCAUCCAAAAUGAAGCCUUUUUCUUUAUGAUGUGGUCAUAGCACGUAGCGUGGGAUUUUCGGAGCUAGUGAAAAUGUUAGUAAGAGAAAGUGCGUUUUAAAAUCCCAGUAUGUGAAUGUUUUAAUCAGGAAUUCGAUGAUGUCAUAAAAUAAAUUAUUUUUGCCCUUAAAACAUGUGCCAGGGCUGGGUCAAACUACAGCAUAAAGGCAGUAUUAUGGUAUGAUGGCGCUGACUGAUUUAUUAGAGCCCUUGCCGUAGAGGCCGUUAGCAUCGGAGGUGGGUAGAUUUCUCCUGCCCGAGCCUCCACCUGUAGCACGGGGUGAUCAGUCCUCAACUCGCCCGAACUGAAAAGAUCUUGUGUUUCUUUCCUUGUUUUUCAAUUUGGGUCAUUAACUGCCGUGUCUGAUUCAUUUCGAAGCUGAAUAAUUCUGACAGCUGACAAUUUGGUACACAUACCAGAGGCUGAGCUGCGGAGCCGCAAAGCUGGCGAGGCUCCUGCGGCCCCAGCAGAGGCUCUACCUGCUGCACCCCGGCAGCUCCGGCACAAAGGGGAUGCCGGACACGUAUUCCCUGGGGAACUAAUUGGUCAAAGUAAGGUCAUCCCAAGCAUCUGCAACCCACCUUUGUGUUUAUCCUGGAUAAACCUUUGGUUACAAACCAGCAAAUGCAUCCACGUUCUUUUCAAAGCUCGGAGUUGAACUGCUCAGUCGCAGCAUCAGAUUAUUAAUAGCACUCUUCGUUAUCUUCACCGUUUGUUUAUUAUUUAUAUUUCUGUUCAUUUUGAAGUUUGUUUGGGUGUGAAGAGAAGAUCAUGGGUUCACGGGUUUGUCCAGAAUUCUGCCACACAAGUACAAUGUUCAGUAAUUGUAAAUAUUGUUAUUUUUAUUACUUCAUGUUAUUGCUGUCAUGAUGGGAAUAGAAGGAUUUAGCUCUAGAAAUACGGUACUUCACACAGACUGAGAGGCAAAUUGUCUUCAAUGACUGACCAAAAGCGGGAAGAAGGCAGAAAUGCCAUCUCUUUUGAAUUAAUUAUGAACCACACAGCUCUUGCUAUUAUCUGUUUACACAUUAUUGGCCUUGUGAUGUGCUGGUGAGAGAUUUCCUUUCACUGUCUGCUCCAAACGUACGUUAAGUCCAAUUUCAUUAAAAAGGCU